AUCACCUGUGGAUCGUUUAAUUAUAUCCUUAACACACUAAUCCAAAAGGAUCAGCUGAUUCUCGAUACGUGACCCAACUGAUUCAAAAAUAAUUGCUACAAAAUAAUUGUUUUUAGCCAGUGGAAGUGAAACACAUGUACGACUUAACAUUGAAUUAAGUUUGUCGCACUUCAUAGUUGGACUUAAAAAAAUACACUAAUUCUAUUAAAUUCACACUUUAUAUAUCACCUAAGUAUAUAUCAUAAUUUAUUUUUGCUGAGAGGUUAUUUUUUGGUUAUCCCAGAGAGAUCUCUGAAGAAUGGAGCACUUUUACUUGCUAACGUACCUUGUUACGGCGGCCCUUUGCGGGGCAGAAGCGUUUUCGAUGUUCGGAUGGGUCUGGGGCGGAAGCAAAGACGAGUCGACUGCCCUAGUGGCGGAUGGCGUGCCACUUAUAGCGAUUCCGUAUGAUUCCAUGACAGAAGACGAGAAGUUCCUUCAAGAAGCAGCAAAAUUUACAGAAAUCCAAGUGUCAUCGCCCUUGGAAACUUGCCAGCACAAAGUAGUCAUGAAAAUUAGAACUACCUGCUCGCAGAUGUCGGAAGAGGAUUUGGCUAAGCUGAGCGUCAAUCUCUUGAACUGCCAGUCGGCUGUGGAGGGCAGGAAGAUGUUCCCGUGUACAGAAGAAAUGUCUCUGAAGCAAUGUACAACGGACAUGGAUGCUGAUAUGUGGAAUGCGUACCAUUUAAUGAGCAACAGGGCAAGGGCAGUUUGUUAUUCGGCUCGGGGUAUGCAGUUUCGUGCUCUCACAGAAGUGACCGUUAACAAAUUGAUGGCAACUGCCCACACGCAGAUCAAGAAACUAGGUUCCCUCAAGGAGAGUCAAGAUCGCCUGGAAGAGCAACAGCAACACCUAAGAGACGCUCAGACAUCAGCCCACAAUCUCGUGACCUCGAACCUUAGAGAGUUGAUCAAUGAAAGGGCACUGAUCAGAACGGGUCACACUCAACUAGCAUCCAUGGCGGAGGACAUCAGGAAGAAAUUAGAGGAGGCAAGUCUGAAUCACAGAGAAAUACUGGACGACUUGACAAACAUCCAAGAGCAAGCCCAACUGAUCUGGGACAAAAUAGAAGCGAGCACUGAUCGGAUAUUCGCGCAACACGAAGUAGCUCUCGUCCAGUACGAGCACACUUUGGAAAAGCUGGGGCGAAUUAGCGAGAAUAUUCAGUUCCUUUGGAACCUAACGAACAACAUGCGCGCAGAGGUGGACCAGAAACUAAACUGGAUAACGGAGUACAUCGGUGACACUGAAGAGCAAAUCCACAAGAUAUACUGCGUAGGCUUGCAUGUUGUUUAUUUACUCUGCGCUAUGGUGAUAGCAGCAUUUCUCAAUGCAUCGCUGUUAACCAGAGUCACCAUAAUGAGUAUCGUACCACUGAACUUGGUGUCGUACUUGAAACAUGGCAUGGAUGCUUGCCUGGACUUCGCAUCGAUGACUGUGUUGAUCAUUUUGAUUACGAUAAUGCAUUUUUUGAUGGUUGGAGUGCAGAGGAUGUUUGGCCCAAAGACGAGAAACGCGCGACCAGAACCUGUGGAGGUCAUCAACCAAAAUGGCUACGCAAAUGGGAAUCCGCAGACUUAUGUCUCAUCUUCCUACACUAGUAAACAAUCACCUCAGACUCCUUCGAUGUACAGAAAAUUGAAGACAGGAAUAUGGGAGGUUAGAAACGCAAUUUCUCAUCAACUGAAACGCUGCAUUCAGAGCUGCAGUUCGUUGAUACAAUCGGUAGUUCCCUGGAGUCAGCAAACAGUAGAGCAACGGGAAGAACUGUCCUGCUCGUACACGUCGUCCAAGAAGUCUCGAGAGGACCUUGUUUAUAAUUACCAGCGCGAGUUCCCUAGCAUGUCUGAUGACGUUACAGACUUUGAGUAUUCCCAAGUGAAAGAGAGGGACGAAAGCAUGGAUGACUUUGAAAAUAUCCUCGACGCGAACGAGUUGAGGCGACGGUUGAGGGGAGUCGAGAGUUCUUACGCUAGAAGCACUCGCAGUUAUCGGGCAUCUAGUAAUAGGAGUGUGGAUUCCAAUAUCAGUACAUCAUCUAUAGCACUGAAAUCUCCAUGCAGAGGCAUAACAAGGAAUGGAACAAGGUGUCGUUUCCAAGCUCGAACCGGGAGCCAGUAUUGCGUGAAACAUUUGAGUCCAAGCGUUGCAUCGUCAGUGAUGGGUGACUGAUAUAUUUAUCAGAAGCUAUAAUUUGUAGAUUAAGGAAACAUGUACUUAAAUGUAAUUAAGCAUGCGCUUGAUUAUAUUUAAUUUGUUGUGAACUGAAAGUUGUUACGCUAUGGUUCUAUGUAAGACAUAUCAUCAAGUUGUUACGCAGGGAGAUUUAGUAAAUUAAGUAGUCUUAGUUAAUAGAAAGAUACCAAUUGUACUCGCGAAUUUUAUUUAAUCUUGUAAAUACUCUCUCCGCUUUAAAAAUGAUGACAGUGCCUUAGGAGAAGAGCACGUAUGGAUAGUAUCGGACACCUCCUAAUAGAGAAUAUUUCGUAAACUCCUAAUUUAUUUAUUUCGAAUAGGGAUAAUAUACGCCUUUCCGAAUGAAAAAUGUACAUAAUGGGAUAGUAUUUUAAUAAUAAACGUCUGUAAUAAUUAUCCCUCGACUGAAUGUUAACUAAGCGUGCCUUUUAAUUAUUAGCGUUGGAUGUACUUUUAAUUUAUUUUUGUAUACUUGAACAUGUCGGAUUAAUAAAAGUAUCAGAAUAA